CACGCGCGCGCGCGCGCGCACACACACACACACACACACACACACACACACACACACACACACACACACACACACACACACACACACGUGACCUGGGUCACAUGACGCUGAGGCUUGAUACUACCUCCUGGUUCAGACAGACAGGCUACACGGAGCGAGGCUAGCUGUUAGCUUCAACUGUCCACACAGCAAACAUGAGUUUCCUAGGGGGUUUGUUUGGGCCGGUGUGUGAGAUAGAUGUCCUGCUGAACGACGCAGAAAACAGAAAGACAGCCGAGCUGAAAACAGAAGAAGGAAAAGUGGAGAAACACUACCUUUUCUACGAUGGAGAGUCUGUGUCUGGCAAGGUGAAUCUGAAUGUGAAGCAGGGGGGGAAGCGCUUAGAGCAUCAAGGCAUUCGCAUCGAGUUUGUCGGACAGAUAGAGCUUUUUUCUGACAAGAGCAACACCCAUGAGUUUGUGGACUUGGUGAAAGAGUUGGCCCUACCCGGAGAACUUGCCCAGAACAGGAGCUACGACUUUGAGUUCAUGCAGGUGGAGAAGCCUUACGAGUCCUACACCGGAGCCAAUGUUAGGCUAAGGUAUUUCCUCCGGGUGACAAUAGUCCGUCGUCUGUCUGACUUAGUGAAAGAGUACGAGCUGAUUGUCCACCAGUUAGCCACCUACCCAGACGUCAACAACUCGAUCAAGAUGGAGGUCGGAAUAGAAGACUGUCUGCACAUUGAGUUUGAGUACAACAAAUCAAAAUAUCAUCUGAAGGACGUGAUUGUUGGGAAGAUCUACUUCCUGCUGGUCAGGAUCAAGAUCCAACACAUGGAGCUGCAGCUAAUCAAGAAGGAGAUAACAGGCAUAGGUCCCAGUACUACCACUGAAACGGAGACAGUUGCAAAGUAUGAGAUCAUGGAUGGUGCUCCAGUUAAAGGAGAAUCAAUCCCCAUCAGACUGUUUCUUGCAGGAUAUGACUUGACACCCACCAUGAGGGACGUCAACAAGAAGUUUUCUGUACGUUACUUCCUUAAUCUGGUGUUGGUGGAUGAAGAGGACAGAAGAUACUUUAAACAGCAGGAGAUUGUUUUGUGGAGAAAAGCUCCAGAGAAGAUGAGGAAAAGAAACUUUCAUCAGCGCUACGAGUCUCCGGAGCCCCGACCCCAGCCGGUUACUGCAGAGCAACCAGAGAUGUGAGGGCGAUGCAAUGAACUGAAACUACACACAGACACACCGCAACUCUUCACUGCUGAACAGCCAGAGGUGUGAGGGACGCCUCACCCUCUCCCUGGACUGAGAACUGUCUGUAUACAUGAACACACAUAACACACCUUCAGACACUCACCACCCUUUCCUCUCCUCACCGCUUCACAGCUUCAGGUGUGAGCUGUCCAACUGUUGUCACUCUGGCCUGCAGGACUCAUACACUCUCACAUACAGACGCACAAAAAUCCAAUUCAGGAAUACAAUCCAAGGAGGAGUACUGAAUUUCGAGGCAAAUCAAACCAAUCUAUGUCUGGACCCGUGAGGCAGCCUAUUUGACCCCAGCAUCUCCGACUGUAAACACGCAAACACAAGUGAAGCCAAAAAGAUUUAGAUGGAGUUUCCUGAAUGCAAAAUAAAGCAGAAGCUUAACUGAAAAGGAAAUAAGAGACUGCCACAGACCUCCACCACACUGAGUAUCCCCAUCAGGAGCUUUAUUUUGCGUUUUUGGACAGCAGUUCUCCAGGGCUCCAGCAUCCUCCCUCUCACAACUGUUAUAAAAUGAUGUUCUGUGGAAUGAAGCAACAAUCGGAAGUUCAAGACGUGUGAACAUCAGCCUGAAUGAAAGCAACUAAGCAAUGAGUCCAAACGCACACUCUGUGUUUAUUCACAAUUCACUGAGUUUAGGCUGUGAUGAUGCAAGAGGCUGCUGUUUGCUUCAUGGAGCAGUGCAACAAAUAUGGGUCUAUACAUGAAUUCAACCCUGUGUUUCAUCUUCUCAUAUGCUCCAGUCCACAUCUCAUCAUUAACCUGAAUCAUUGAGGUACAUGGACUUGAUCAUUUCAAUGUUAUUUAAGACAUACCGGUAUUUAAUUGUGUAAAAAUCCUCGAGAGCUUCUACUUCUAGUUAUUUUCAGGAUCUAUCAAUCUGUACACUUCCAGUAAAUAAUUAUUAUCUAGCCUACAGCAUGACAGAAAAAUGUGAAAUGGGUCCAUCACAGUUUUGUUAAACUAAAGAAGACAUCUGCUCAGACCAGCUGCCUUAAAAACAAGUUUAAAAGAUUUCAAUGAGAUGAUGGAGAGCUACGCACAAAAAACUCACAUGAAAGAAACAAAAUUACAGUUAUUUAAAAGAAAAACAACUGACCUUUCAAGGAAUCAGCUCACUGUAGCAGCUUACAUAGAGUCAAUGAUCCUGAAAGAUUUUUGAGCUCAACCGUUAAGAUGAAUAUUGGAUUUACUUUCUCCACAUGGCAUUUUGACGACCUUUAAAGUGCUAAUUAUUUAUGACUAAUUGUGGUCAAUAGAAAGCUUUUUGGUCUGCUGAAGGUAUCAGUUUAUCCAAAAUGUGUUAGCCAAGUAUGAGGCCAAUGUAAAUGUACAAGGGUUUUGAUUUCAGUUGUAUUAACACUACACAUGGAUCUCAUUGACCCUUACUGUGUUGGGGUGAAGAAAGAAAUUGAGAAGAGAGUGAGAGAGAAAUGUCUCAACUUGGAUUUGUUAAUUCUGUAUUGCUAUAAAAAUAUAUUUAUUUAUAAUUUUGGUGAACUAAACCUUUAUAAGUUCAUCAUAUAUAUCUGGUGUAGUUUUUCCCAUGUCACAAAGUCAUGGCUUAAAAAUGUAGACAAAAUGAGUAAGCUAAUGGUGACAUAUAUGUGGUUUCUUUAAGCAUUUCAAAGGGUUCAAUGGAAAAAUGUUUUAAAGCUUGCCUUGGUCAGCAAACUUUUGUUGUCAAACACUUCUUUGACAGUAUGCAGCUUUUUUUUCUGUAUGUUUGAUUAAAACACAAAUGUCACUAAAGUGCUCGUAUCUGCUGUUGUAAGCACUGCUGAGGAUGCAGAAUCAAACACUGUAAGGUCAACAUUAAUCCACUGUGAUUCUCAGACUGGCAGUGUAGGUCCUGUUUUGAAGACACACAUAUGUACACACAGUGUAGUGAUGCAACUUUUGUGUGUUUUGUGUUGGUUGAAUUUGCCCAUAAGCUGUUACCUGUGGCCAGUUUUGCACUUUCCCCUGAGAUGCUUCACAUGGUUUAAAAAGGGGCAUGAAAGCUGAAACCUAUCAUCACUCAAGGACUACUCACCUCAGAGAUCUCCUGUGUCUGUAGAGAGAACAUACUGUCAUUUGUAAAUCACUACGAGUUUUAAUUGAACUUAAGUACCACUUUUUUUUUUUCUUUCUCUCGUGAAAGUGGAGCUGUCAUGUUACAUUUUAUUUCAUGAACCUCUGAACACAUCUACUGUUACAGGUUUAUGUUUUGACCCUGCACACUUUUUUUUUCUCUUGUUUGGAAGCUUUGUUAUUUAUUUUCUAGGAAUGGUCCUUAGUUUCCCCGUCAGACACAUUGUCCAUGUCUCUGAAGACUGUACAUGAACGGUUUGUUUGGUGUCCUUCAGAUACCUCUCCAUGGUAAUGAAGGAACACUGAGAUGUCAGAUGUCUGCCCCCAUCUCAUCCCCUGCAUGUCAAUCUUUUCACAAUGUUCAAUCAUGCCAUCAAUGUGUAUGUGUGUGUGUGCGUGUAUGAUAAUAUGUAUAUAUACACCGAACCCAAAUAUAUAGCUCAAAAUGAAUCCUGAAUAAAGCAAAUUUAUACUGAACACA